CUAUCUCAAAGAACAUGAUGGGACAUUGCAAAGUAGGCGUAUAUGAUGUGAACAUCGAUUUCAACACUUUGCAUCUAUCAGCUACAGAGGCAGAGGGGACGUUUCGUGUCAACGGUUCUCCUUAGCCCAUGCGAGAUCUACAAGCUGCUUUCGAGACACCCCCACAGUACGGGAAAUAUUUGCACGGCAGGAAGGAACGCUUUACAACGCAUGAUGUCGCAAGCGUCUUUCUCAGAUAUUCAACUCAGAUGCCUAUCAGUGACAUUCGGUGCUUUAUGCUGUGCCUACUCAUGCUUCACUCAGGAACCUGUAAUACCACACGAUAUGUAUCACGAUUUCCGGGACAUCUUGAACAUGCAGAAAAAAAGCCAUUCAACCAUGAUGAAGCGAUUGAAACGUACAAGCGCCUAAUUCAACGUACAAACCAAUGCCUUCUUCUCUACGUCUUGGAUUUGUUAUCAGUAUUUGCACGAAAAUCAGAAAAGAACCUUGAGACAGCCACAGAGCACCGAGCCGGUUCCAGAUAAAUAUAUCUAACUGUUCCAGUUCUAUGUACCUUAGCUGCCAGUGUCACUGGACGUCAUCCACCCUAGUUACUGACCAUUUUCUCUUUUCUAUUAAGGAUGGCUAGACGCUAUACUCGCACCUCAGUCUUUCUACCAUUGACUGAGACUCACGCUACCUUAGUUCUCGCUCUUUAACAGGUUAUGAGCCCUGACUAAAGGGUAGCGACAUCUUCUCCU